GUUGGCUGUGGUUCAUUCGAACUACUCGGCUUGUCAACGGUUUUUUAGUGAGGUUAUGUCUACGAUUCUUCUAAUAUGCCCGAGAGUCCGGAGAAAACAGCCCCGAAAUGGCACCAUCCCGCGGAAGUUAUGAAGUUGCACAAAUUAAAGCAGAAAAAGAAGCAGCUGCAGGCGAGAAUUGCGGGGAAUGUGACCAAAACGCCUGACGUAAAGACGAAGGAGGCUUUUGAGGAUGUUUUUUGCGCUAGAAAGAGGAAAAAUCCGUUUUUGAGUGGUGGCGAGAACAAGAAGAAUCGAAUCGAGCCCACGGCGGUUUUGGAGGAGUCCGCGGAUCAGACUUUGUUUAAAUUGUUGAACCAGAAUGCGCCGAAUAACAUAACCACCGAAUCGUUCACUAGCUUUAAUAAUAUUCUCGAUAAAAUUAACGCUAAAGAGAAGGAAGAGAACGUGGAGAUAGUGAAAGCGCAGGGGGAGAGCUGGCUGCCCAUCGACUGGGGGUUGAAGAGCAAGGCGAGGUUGCUAUCGGAGAAACCUUUCCCGUGGAAUCAAAAGCUAAAGAUCAGCGAGGAAGCUUCGGGGGUUACAGGAUUCACGCGUUGUUUGGAUACGAACUGCGAAACCCAGUUGGAUACGUCGCCAAACGCGAGAUUCCACCAGUGUUGCCUGUUUUGGCAGCAACCGUCUCUGCCGUGGGUUAAUUUAUUUCCUCGCACAGUCCCCAGGGCUUCCGCUGCCGGGGCUAGUUUAGCUUGCAACAGUGUUAUCCGGGAUAGUUUACAGGCUGCUUGGUCGGAUAGUUUGCGAUCGUUGUUUCAACUGAUAAGGACUCGACAGUGCCCCUACUUUUAUGCUUGUGCUAAUAGUUUUACCGUGCUGUUUCGUGCAGCGGGCAUUUGCGGACAUUCUGAAGUGCAUGCUUUGGUUACACCUACAACGAGAGGUUUCAGGUAUAUGUUAAAACAAGAAGAUAUUGAAUUCACAAUGCCGUUAAAGAAAAAACGUACCUCAGACGUAGGGUACGAAACUCAAGACAGUGAGGAAAGCGUUAAAAACAUUGAUGAAGAAGAGGAGGCAACCCCAGAUGAACAAUGGAUGAAAAGUAUGGGUAUAAACGCCGAAGACAUUAAACAAAUAAACUACACGCAGGCUAAAAUCCUCCAUAAAACCGAGUGUGAAGUGGACAACAGUGAUCAAAGCUUAAUACUUAUAGAGGGGGUGGAAGUGCACGCUUUUUACAACUUCCUGAUAAACUGUAAGAGCACCACAGCCACCACAGGCCCUCUAGCGGGGAUUCCCCCAACUCUACUGGCCCCUGUGGCUUACCACGGCGCAACCCUAACCUCACUUAAAGUGCGGGAGAAUAAAGUGCACGUCGACGAUGCGGACUACUACUCCCUCGAUCUUUCGGGCCCCAUUUUGCCCAGCACAAUACACAACUUGUUUGCCAUCAACCCCCCUGAGCACAGCAUAACCAUUUCGUUCAACAACAUUGCCUCUACGAACUCAUUUAGCAAGUUGAGUUUGGACGAUACGGAGAAUAAACUGCCAGAGGGGAAUGCUGUCUUUAUAAAGGAGAACUUGGCUGAUUGCGGGUUGAAUGAUAAAGUGCUGGAACACUUUGCUAAACCGGACAAUAAGCAUAUUACGAAUGUUGACUGUAUUAAAUAUAUUAGUGAUAACAAGACUUACACUUGGACAUGAUUUAUAAAAUUUGUGACGACUGAUAUUAUAUUUAUUAAAUUAAUUAUUUUAAGUAUAAGUGCUUGAGUUUUAUUUUUAUAAAAAUUACCCAUAUU